AUGGCAGCGUCGGCCACAAUGCAUGGCACGGACGUGCAGACGUCGAUUUUCAAGAAACUUUACCCACAAGAGUACUUGCGGCGCCAUUUGGACAACCAUGUGCGCGACGAUGGCCGAGCAUUCACCGAGCCGCGGAACGUCUCCGUAGCAACGGGCAUCCUUUCGCAGGCGAAUGGAAGCGCCGUGGUGCGUCUUGGGAACGCUACCAUGGUGACUGCGGCGGUACAUGCGGAAGUAGCGGAGCCGCUUUGGGAGAGACCCAGCGAAGGGUUUAUUGUCCCCAACGCUGUGCUUGCGCCGCUCUGCUCGCCGGUAUACCACACAGGGCCCCCUGAAGAGGACGCCCAGCUGCUCACGCAUACACUACAAAGAGUGUUAUCCGUGUCCAAUGUUUUGCCGAGAGAUGCACUUGUGAUCGAGCCGGGAGUCGCGGUAUGGUCGUUGAAUGUGGAUGUGUUGUGCGUGAGCGCGAACGGCAGCGUUUUGGACGCGGCGGUGCUUGCCGCAGUUGCAGCAUUAGGAAAUGCUACACUCCCCGUCCCCGUGAAUACCGUGGAUGCAGCUCAUUGUAUCUGCUCCGCAGAAAAGCGCACCAAGCUCCAGCUGCAAGGCAUGCCGAUUGUGAGCACGUUUGGGAUUGUCGAUGCCACAUAUUUGUUGACAGAUCCUGUCGCAUUCGAGGAAUCGCUCACAAAUGCCCUUAUUUCCGUUGGGAUUACAGACGCGCCGCAAGACGAUCCCGAUGCAGAUGUAUUUUACGUGCAAGAAGCGGGACACUGCAUGGCAAACGAGCCGCAAGGGAAAGGCGCAACACUUACACACGACACUAUCCUUGAGCACUGCAUCCGCAAUGCGCGCUCGCGAGCAACAAUGCUGCGUACACUAGUCCAUGAAUCGUUAAAAGAGGUAUGA